GUCACUGCACUUUUUGACAUUUUUGACAUCUUAUCAUAGUUUUUUCUGUGAUUUCUGUGUAACUUGAAUUGAUUGUGGCGAAUAUUUAAAAACAUUAGGAAAUUUUGUGGACUAUUAGUUUUAAUUAUUAAACGUCAUGAUUUUUAAUAAUUUAUUUUUUACUUGAUACAAUAAGUAUGGAAUUGUCUGGGGCAGGGAAAUCUCCAAACACAUCAUUAUCAUUUAGGUACAAUGCCAAUAAUGAGGAGUUAGAAGAGCUUUUUAAUGCAUGCGAUGAUGAUCCCCCUACACCGCAAACGGAUCCACCAUCGACCCCACAAAAUGAAAAUGCCAGUCCAAAACGUGGUGAUAGAACACCCUCCAUAAUAGACAAGUACUUCAAGUCCAUAAGAACUGAAAAACUUGUGGAAAAAACGGAGGACAUCAAGCCUGUGGAUGCUAAAUCAGAUGAACGUCCAACACCUCCAAAGGAAGUGUCCUCGUCUCCGAUGAAGGACUACCUGAACCGUUUAACCAAGAAAAAUGUGUCUGAUAUUUCACAAGAAUCAAAAGAAGGUAGCAACGAAACUUGGAAAAUAUUCCAUGACUUCAAGUUUAAAAUAGCGCAAGCUGUUGAAGAUAUGAAAACUCGAUCAGGAGACGAAACUAAGGAAAAAUCAGUGCCAAGGGAUAAUUCAAUAUCAGACUCUGAAGAAAAUUCUGCUGUCAAAGAUUCAGAUCAACAAAGUGUUGGAGAUACAGAUAAUCAGGUGUCUUCAUUAGACAGCAGUAUACAAAACUUAUCAGAAAUUACUCAGCCACUAACUGCAAAACCUACUGAAUUGAGUCUUCCUGUAGAUAACAAGAAUAAUUCCGAUUCUAGUGACGAUACACACAAGAAUUUAAAUAACAGUGACUCAAUGGACGUAACAAAAGAGCCAAUGAGCGAAAGCAUGUUGGAUGUAGAGUCCGGAAUAGAAGCUUUAGAAGACAAUAUAGAUGGUUUUGGAGACAUCACAAGCUGUGAUACAAUUGGUUUUGAGAAUACUAAACCCUACGAACCAAGUCCGUCACCUCCUCCAAGCCCAACCAACUCUGGCUUACCACCGAGCAAAACGAAUUUACAAAAUCAAAACAAUCCAAACAGACCAAAGACUUAUUUUUUUAACUUUACAAUGUAUUUACUUACGUUUCUGCUAUUGGUGAACUAUAUGCUCUUCCCCAAUUCGAAUAUCUGGAAUGGUUUCUUAUUAGGGAUAUGGUUCUUUUGUUUCGCAAGCAACGCUAAACAUUGGUUGUUAGACAAUUAUUUUAGUGACUGGGAACCACAGAAGGGUAACUUCUUCCAGUUAAAACGAAGCAGCACUACACCAAUUACAUACACGAUUCCGUCGGUUAAAGAGCACAGGCCUUUGAAAAAGUAUGAGGGCUGGAUAAAUCACUACAGGUAUCCGGAUUACGAUCCUUACACCUACCACAUAAACAAAACGACGACAGCAUUCAUGAAACUAGAAGGAUGCAAUUUAAGGAUAUCGUACACUAGAACGAAGAUCGCGAAGAGAGCCCUUUGGGAUGAAAAAAUUGAUAAAGUUAUGUUCUAUCAGCACAGACUAUACAAUCUCUCCGGUGCCCGUAUUAUAUUAUUGCCGAAAGGACUUGUGAAGAGAAGACAGUGGAGCAAAAAAUACCCAAUAUGUGUAAUUUUAAACGAAAAAGAAAAGAUUCAAGUUUUAGAAAAAGAAACCACCGCAUCGGACCGUAAAAGUUCGGAUGCCGCCAACGAAAAGAAGAAAGAAACACCGGAAACCGAAAGCGCUGAAACAAACACAAGCCCAGAGAAGAAACGGAAAUUUGUUUGGCGAAGACGUGAAAAGAGUAUCUCACAACCGGAAACGGAAACCGGUAAAGAAGGCUUAAGACAAAGAUUUGCAAGGAAGAUGCAUAAAGAUAAGAAAGCGGAAACGCCCACGGAAACGGUGGAUUCCCAAACGCAAAGUCAAGGGCAAAGCGAUGACGUCACGCUCAAUGAUAUCGAAAUGGAAGUCAGCAAAUCGGCGACUAGCACCAAGGAUGAUAUGGACGAGGACAUCGACGAGAAUGAACUGUCGAAGAUCAAGGAGUUUUUGGAAGAAGCUGAAAUGGAAACGGGCGCAGACGGCACGGCAGAAGGAGAAUGGAGCGUCCACGUGAAACAUUCUAAAGACAAGCAUUCGCAUUUGUAUCUAUUCGCUCGGACUGGACGCGACAAACACGAGUGGUUCCGUAGAUUGAGUACGGCAAUAGCUGAAGCUAACGCGGCUUCCUCGGACUCGUCCGGUCCCGACGACAAAUCGAACGACACGAAUGAAAACAAAGACGGCAUCGAGCUCGCCGUCUACAAGUUCUCUGAAAAGGACACGGUCGCCUUCGCCAAAACAUCGAACAAGUCUGACACCGGCUCCGAGGGUGUUACGAUUUCGUCGCUGGGACAAACCCUACCGUCAGAUUCGGAAGCCUACGAGAAAAACUUCUGGCCGUAUCUGAUCAAGAUUAUACAGAGUCACGAUGUAGCCUCAAAACAAACAGCAGACGUCGGAGUCAUGUGUACGAUCGAACCGUCAACUCACCAACGAAAUCGGAACAAGAAGAUUAACAAAUGCGAUCCAAAAAGUCCGUCGCCGGACUGCGAGUGCCGCACCCUGCCCGCGGAACUGACCUGGGUCAACACGGCGCUGGCUCGCGUCGCGUACGACGUGAUGCGGGACCCCGUCAUCAUAGCGCGCGUGCAGAACAGGAUACAGAGAAAGCUCAACACUCUCAAGCUGCCGUCGUUCAUGUCCCCGCUGACGGUGACGUCACUGUCGCUGGCGGGCGCGUGCCCGGCGCUGGGCGGCGUGGCGGCGCGCUGGGACGCGCGCGGCGUGUGGCUGGACGCCGACCUGCGCUACGACGGCGGCGCCCACAUCGCGCUACUCACGCAGAUCAACCUCAUGAAGCUGAAGGAGAAGAAUAUGACAUUGGAGGAGCAACUCCUCGAGCACAGCGAGAAUGUCGUUGAAAGCGACACUUGCGCCACACCGACUUGUGGAGCGUUUUCUGAAAAACAACUCAGAAAAAGGAAACCCGCGAUAUACGAUUCCGAUAUAGAAGACUCCGCGGAGUCGAGCAGCGACGACGAGAGUCCGCCGGUGCAGCCCGUCGACAGCGCUGACAACCUAACGGUAUCGGAGUCUCCAUCUACGACGACGGAAGGUGGAUCGUCCAAAAAGAAAUUCUUACGGAUGGUCGAUAAGAUUGCAACCAACAAAUACUUCCAGCAGGUAACCGACUACAAGUACGUGAAGCGUGCAAUGGAGGGACUGUCCAACACGGAUAUAAAACUGCAUCUAGAAAUACAAGGUCUGGAGGGACGCCUGUCAUUUAAUCUCCCGCCUCCGCCGCACGAUCGAGUAUGGAUCGGUUUCCGAACGAAUCCUCAACUGGUGCUAAAAGCGCGUCCCGCGGUCGGCGCGCGCACAUUACGUUUCACGCACAUCUCCAACUGGAUCGAGCAGAAGCUGAGCAAAGAAUUCGAAAAGGUCCUCGUUUUGCCGAACAUGGAGGAUAUCAUUAUCGAUAUAAUGACGCCAACACCGGUGCAGUUCGAGUGAGUACUUUUUUAACCCAAAAUGCCUAAAACGUGUUUUAUAAAAGAGUUCGGAAUAUUAAAAAAAAAAAAACUCUUAACACUGGGGUUUUUCUGAAUUAAGAAGCCAAGGGUUCUUUUGUUAGGUUAAGGCAUCCUUUUAAGUAGUGAUAUACAAUAAAAAAAAACUUUACAAAAAAUGAAACGCAAAUAGAAAAAUAUUAAAUUGUCUAUGCACAUAACAAAUUGUUUAUUUGAUGUUAUAAAAUUAAAAUUCUAUGCAAAUUUUCAUGUACUAUCUAAAACGAAAUUAUAGUUUAUUUUUUAUAAUUGGAAAAGUAUGUAAUGAGAAUAUUUUUUUAUUAUUUUGGAUGUGGCAGGGACGUAAUUAGAAAUUAAAUUGUACUAGGAAAUUAAGUUAGCGAACUUGUUUUUAUUUAAUAAAAAAGACAAUGAAAACAUUAAAAACAACGAGACAUUGUAAACAAAUACGUCGCUAAAGUUAAUUAAGUAGCUAUGAUAUAAUUAACUAAACAGUAAUAUUAUGCUAAUGGCGAAGCAGUUCCGACAAUACCACAAUAUAAUUGAUUUUUAUUUUAUGAAAUAGUCAUAUUUUUUAACUUCUGGGUCUCAUAAGUCUCAUAAUAAAAAUCGAUUUUUAAAUUGUUUUUCGUUACAAUUUUUAUUAUUAUGUUAAAAUUAUUUUAAAUUAUGAGUUUGGAUUAAUUAAUUUUUGAAUUGAUCAUUUAAGAACCUUGCCUUCUUUCACAUGAAUUAUUGUAAUAAUAUAUUAGUCUUCUCAUAAUAAAACGUAUAUAACAUUAGAAAAAAAUAUUUCUGAGCAUUCCUGAGGUUUGUUCACUGCAAUUUCAUUAAAAAAUAUAUAUAUAUAGAGUUGUCUGCUUCCAAUGCUGAACCCGUGAUUUAAAAAAAAACAAUAAUGGUUAAUCAUGCAUAGACCAACUCCAUUCAUAUUCGUACUUCAUGUAAUCGUCGCCGGGCUCGUUUACAAUCUCAUAUUUCCACAAUUUUGUGUAGUAUUUUUUAAACCUAUGUAUCAAUCACAACUUUAUUACCGCAAUGUGAAUAUUCAGAUUAUAUGUUUAGAAUCUGGGACGAUAAUAUCUGCCAAAAAAUGUUUUCGUAAAAAAAAAACUAGCGAAUAACAUAAUAACCCUAAAGUGUAUUGUUGUUAUUGUAUACUGACUAGUAGGUAUUUCAGCAUUAAUUAAUUCAGUGUUAGGUGUCAGUCGGUUCAUAAAAGUAUAGUUACAAUUUAAUUAAAAAAUAUAUACACCUGCAUAAUUAAUCGUCUGAAUAUUAUAUAAAAUUAGUAUGAAAUAUAUAGUUUCUUAGAGUUUACUUGGCGAUCUGUACGUAACAUUUUAUUUUAAAAUAAUGCUCUAUCUGAUGGAUAAAAUUUAACGAUACAGAAGGUGAUAAUUCAGCGUCAGCUACUGAAUAAAGCUUUCGAUAAUUGUUCGUGAGCUUAUAAGCCACCUAAUUCCAAAAGGUUUCAAAUUGUCACUUUAUAAUAUGUAGUUUUAAAUGAUAAAAUUUAUUCCGUGAGUAGCUGGAAUUGCCCCUUAGGCCAUUACCAGUGAUUAGGCAAGGAUUUUUUUUUAAAAGAUAUUUAAGAACUGCUUAUAUAAUUUUUUAUUAAAUUAACAAAAGCAAAAAAAACCGAUCGCUAAGUAAAGUUUGAGUAUGAACCAGUAGUACUACGGUGUUAGAGCUUCCUCGUCAUUGAACUGUUGCGACAAUAAUUACAUCACAUAAAAUAUUUGAAAAAGAAAUACGGUGUUCGCACAAUUUUUAUAAUUAAAAUAAAUUUAAUAUUUAUUGCCAGCACAUUACGUAAAUUUAUGAUCUGAUGUUUGGUUCUUAUUUUUUAUUUUAGGCUUUAUUUGUAGUAUUCCAUUGAAUAAUGUUAAUACCUCAAAAUUGACUAUUUUUUUAUUAAACCGUGUCACUUGUAAACCAAUAUUAUGUGAUUUGAUCAACAAUAAGGUUUCUAUUAUCAAAAUUGAAACGUAAAAAUGAUGGGAAAUAUUGAGCCAGUCAUCAAAACAACGACAUUGUAUGGGGUUAUAUUUGGGGUUAAACUUUAUCCAACUGUUAAGGCUGAGUGUGUUUUGCUCAUAAUCUAAAGUAUGCUUUUCAAAUAUGUGUGCCGAAUAAAAUAAUGUUUUAUUUUACUAAGUAAAGAGGAUAAUUGAUUGAUUAUUUAAUCAAUUGUCUAGAGCUUAUGAAAGAACACUACACCGUCAUCACCACUCGAAUAGUUAAAUAAACUCUCACACGAGUGUGAUGAUGACAUAGUAUUUUACUUUAUUAUUAUGAUUUAAAUGUUGUUUGUGGGUUUAUUUUUUUGUCAUGAGGCACGUGGCCAUUUUUCAAUUCUAUGAUAUGACUUAUGCCAAACCUAUAAUAAUUAUCUUUUGUAUUUUUAUAUGCGAUAAGUUUAUAUGUAAUUGAAAUUUAAAUAAAAUGUAAAAUUAUAAUUUAUAGUACAUAUUUAAAAAUCUCACUAAGUGAAUUCAAUCGUGAGACAUUCCAUCACAAAAUGCUUUUUUUUCUUCUACUAAAAAGUAUUUGAGACUUAAUGUCCGUAUUGGAAUAAUAAAUCACAAUAGAAACGUUUCCAAAAUACACUACGUCAACAUAUCACAACGAAAUUAAAUAUUUUUAAAAUAAUUAUCUCUCUAUUGUCGUUUACAGUAUUUUAAUGUAUUAUUGUGUAAUGUUUAUAUAACUAAGUUUACAUUGCUUUAUAAUAAUAAUUCAUUUAAGUGCAAUUCGAUGAAGAUUGUUUUUAUUUUUUUUGUUUUUCACAAAAACAUUUUGUUUUCGUUUCAAAUAGUUUUUGUUUUAAUAAUUUUUAUUCUAUGUAUUAUAAUAAAUGUAAUGUUUGUUUUUUGUACUGUGAUCACAAACAAUACUGAUGUUUUCACAAAGUGUACCAAAUGACAAAUAGCGAUUGUAUAAUGUAAUAUAGUAUAUUAUUAUCAAAUUAUUAAGUGUUUAUGUGAUAUUAUAUAUAGUUAAGUGUUAAACCGUGCCGAGUAGAUUUUCUAUAUGGUAUCAGUUGUGAUUUUGUCAAUAAACGAGUUGCUGUAA